AUGCAAGGCGUCACUCCUCCCAAGGGAUCCAAGUAUCCGGCGAAUUUUCCUCCCGCCAACCUCACUGGGUAUACGAUCAAGAUGCCGCUGCCCAACAAGCGCAGGGCACGGCAGCCGCAGAUGGUGGUGACGCUCGACAAGCCUCUGUUCUGCCAGUAUGCCUUGGUAGGCCGCCACACGACUGUGUACACUGCGACGACGAGUGUUGCCGUCGGACGGAAGAAGGGCAGGGCGGUGAUUGUGAAGCUGUCGCAGCAGGCGAAGGGCAGGAAGCCCGAGCAAGACUUUCUUGCUACGGCCUUGGAAGUCGACGUGGACCACCUGCCGGAGCUUCACUCCUCGAUGGAUCUAUGGUCCCUUUCUGACGGCAUUCGCAGCGUAUUUCUCAAGAGGGAUCCGGCUCACAACGAAAUUUUCGAAGAUCGCAUCUUACGCGCCAUAGUAUAUACGCAAUAUACCCCGUUGCAACAAUUUCUUGCGGAGUCCUCUGACGCUCCCGAGUAUAUCCGGCUCAUGGUCGACCAGAUGAUGGAAUGCCUCCAUGAUCUGCGCUACAAGGCGAAGAUAAUCCAUCGCGACGUGAGCCCGAACAAUAUCAUGGUCGAGAUGCGCAACGGCGAGCCAUUCUUCAUCCUCAACGACUUUGAUCUCGCUACUUUCGUCAAGGACAACGGCAUGCGGCUCCACCCGGCGUCCUCUAAGCACCGCACUGGCACACUUCCAUUCAUGGCCGUUGAAAUUUUGCUGGACAUGGACAAGCCUGUUGCCGCAGCGAAGACCCGCCGUGUAGGACUUCAAAUCGCUCAUCGCUUGCGGCACGACUGGGAAUCUCUCCUUUGGGUCGCGCUGUGGUGCAUGCUCACGAUGGAUCCCGACGUCUCUGGGACGGAGCUCGAGCCACAGAUAGUAAGCUUUCUGUCCGAUUGGGAAACAGGCGAGUUCAGGAACAUUGCGAACGCUAAAAUUACGAUUAUAUACAACGCGACGAACGUCUACGACCUAGUCCCUCUUCGUUUCCGGAGCCUCAUCCCGUGGAUCAAGCGAUGGUGUCGCAUCCUGCGGGAUGGUCACGAUGUCGCUACGGAACACCGGGAGCUAUCUCGUAAGGUACUUGGACAGGCAGAUAGAGAGACAUUGAACGGGACUAUCACACUGGGGAAGCUGAAGGAGGCAAUGCAUGUCCCCGAAGAAGUGCGCGAAGAGGUGGAGGAAAAUCUCUCUGGGGAUUGCUCCCCAGACGCCGUGUCCGGGAGCGAAGAAGAGGCCGAGGAGUGGUAG